GUUUUACGCAUUUAGAGAAAUAACAUGCUCACUUAAAAAUUGUGCCGAUACCACUAUCUUAAAUUAACGCGGAAGUGGUAUGUGCUAAAAGAAUUAGUACCAGUGACCAAAUGGGUAGUGAAUUGAAUCUUGAGUCUACGGAAUCCAGGUUUCAUCAGUGAGUUCUUGAUGUCGCUAUCGUCUGUUAUGCCAAGAUUUCACAUUCCGUGUAGUUCUAUAUGGACCCACUAUCUCAUGCCGUUCAUUUAUCAUGUCAUUAUUGGCUUCUUAAGUUGGACCGGAGGUUGGUUCAGCUGGACUCGUCAGUCAGAUGCGAUGCUACGAAAUGUCGAGAAAAAAAUAUUAUCAUGCUUGAAAACAGCGUACAAACGUUUCUACGUGGACAUAGGCAGUGUCGUGGGGCAGAGCGACAAAAUAUGGACUAUAUCACUGAACGAGGAGUCUCCCAAGACUCCGCUGGUACUCCUGCAUGGGAUGGGCGCAGGCCUAGCGCUCUGGUGCCCUAACCUAGACGCCUUCGCCGCCACGAGGCCGGUGUACGCCAUCGAUUUACUAGGUUUUGGCCGAAGUUCCCGUCCUAAGUUCGCGUCGGACGCGCAGAAGGCCGAGGCGCAGUGGGUGGAGUCCGUGGAGGAGUGGCGGCGCGAGGUCAACCUCGGCCAGUUCAUACUGCUGGGGCACAGCCUCGGCGGGUACAUCGCCACGGCAUACGCUAUCAAGUACCCGGAGAGAGUACGUCACUUAGUCCUCGCCGAUCCAUGGGGCUUCGCUGAGCGUCCACAGAAUGCGUACGAGAAGGCGCAGCUGCCGCUCUGGGUCCGAGCCAUUGCUACUGCAGUGCAGCCACUGAACCCUCUCUGGGCAGUGAGGGCGGCGGGCCCCGCCGGCAAGUGGCUGGUCAGCAAGACCCGGCCUGACAUAUCGAGGAAGUACCUCAACUAUGUACCUGACGCGGAGAGGGUUAUACCCGAAUAUAUCUACCAGUGUAACUCACAGACGCCUAGUGGUGAAAGUGCCUUCCACACUCUGAUGACUGGGUUCGGUUGGGCGAAGAACCCGAUGGUCCGUCGAGUGGACGAGCUGGACCCCGCCCUGCCCAUCACAGUGCUGUACGGGUCCCGGUCCUGGGUCGACAACAGCAGUGGUCAGGUGCUGGUGGAGCACCGCGGGCCUAGCAAUACUACAGUACAGGUAAUUAAUGGUGCUGGUCACCACGUGUACCUAGACAAGCCUGAACUAUUCAACAAGUUUGUAUUAGACGCGUGCACGCGCGCAGACGAGCAUGACCCUAGACCCGCGCUCAAGGCGAUCCCUGCGGAGCCCGGGACAGAGACCCCGGCACUCCCACCGGGGGGCGAAGCACCCUCGACCACAGUCGCCACCACCAACAAGGCGUCCGCCUCGUCCGACACGGCGCACACAUCUUGAUGAUAAACAAAACCUAGUUAUAUUACAAUUGUUACGCACAUUCGAUUAUGUAUAGCUGCGACACGUUAAUGUUGUACUGGUUUAUGAGUUGAGCAUGUGUUCAUUAUGGGUAGUCAAUGGAGGCUCGUAAGGUGACUAAUUACUUUGAAGCAGUUUCAAGUUACGCCAUAGAAACGGUUCGCCAAAGGAUGGUCUGCUCCUUAUGUUUCCAUUGAUUACCACGCUAUAAUAAAACGAGAAUAGUUUAUAUUGUUCUGUUUUAAGAGAUCUACGAGUGUUUUAUAUUUAGUCGAUUUUUCUACAAUCGACUAAAAUCGUCCAUAUUUGUCACGUUUGUGGUAACACUAGAAUAGGCCUAAGAAUGGCCGAUUGUCGUCAGCUUGGACGACGUAGUAAUGUACGAAUUAAAGUAUUAAAAGUAAUUGAAUCUUAAAGAACCUUUCUAAGAGUACUAAUACGCUUCUUUCAGACCAAUUAAAACAUAUACACAAACUACUUACGAAAUAGAUAGAUGAAAGCUAAUUAUUAAUCAAAUCUAUUUAUUUGACGGCAUGAAAAUUGCCUUCAGUUUGUUUUAUGUAUAUUGUAGUACAGGUUACGGGUAUAAACUAUGAUUUUGUUCAAGUUUGACUGUAAUUUAAUGUUUUAAUUAUGUUUGGAAAUAUCUAUAUGUUACUGUUAGUCAGCAGAGUUUACAAAACGACCAAUAUCCUAGUUUAAUUAUAAGUAUUGAUACUGUCAUUCUGGUACUAUGAAUUUUCAAACGCCAAUGCCUAAUUGAGUAAAAUUACGUCUUCAAAAAAAAAAUAUUUUACUUAGCUAGUAUAAAAUUUUUCCUCUAAAACUCUUUCCUAAAUAUAAGUAUUUCUCUGUCCUAUUACGUUUGGCAUUGCCUCUUCUAAGAAGUUUUUAUACAUAGCUUCAGUAGCUACCAAGUACCUGCUUCCAACAGAUAUGGGAUCACAAAAUAAGAGACUUUCUAUUGUAUAUUUUUGUUAAGACCGUGUAAAAUGUUGUGUGACGGCUCAAAAUUAUCAAUUUGGCUCAUUGCUAAGUAUUUUCGUCAAAGUGACCUUAAAAUUAGAUAUCAGUUUAUUAAAAAAUAGACCCUAUUUUGCUGGGUCCCUAUUUGAAACACAUGACUGCCAAAAUUCGUGGAAAUUAUUAUUUUUUGUACAUUAUAUUGAUUGAGUAUUAUGCUUUGUAUUGAGAGGUGUAGUGCAUCGAAUUAAUCGGAAUUAUGUGAAGCUGUACGUAACAUUUUGCGAAGGAGUUUGUCUUGCAAGCGCGACGGUGUUGUUUGACUAUGUCUAAAGUAUUGCAAGUUCGUUGAGUAUUGUUGUUUAGCCGCAGGCUUUUUGAUACACGGAAUGAAUUAUUAUGUAAAUAAAGAUAAUUUAUUGAAAA